AUGCUCAAGUCAUUCUUCCCCAGCCACCAUGGCACCUUUCAUCACAAAGCACUUGACCCAACCCGUAGAGUGUUUCGGCUCGUUCGUCUUUUACCACCGAAGCCGUCCAUCGUCCCUGGUCUCGAUGCCACCCUCCGAGUGCAAUUACUCCAAGUCGACAUCACCGACGGUCGGCCAACAUGCGCAUACGACACUCUUUCCUACGUAUGGAGCGUUUCGGGUGGAAGCGAGCCCGACCGCCCAAUCCUCGUGGAAUCCGGAAACCAGACUUUCCAGUUGCUCAUUCACCGACCCCUGGAAAGAGCAUUGUUGCAGUUCGCGGCCGAUGACACUCUCAAGCUACCCAUAUUUGUGGAUCAAAUCUGCAUCGAUCAGCGCAACAGCAAAGAAAAGGAGCAUCAGGUCGUCCUCAUGCGAGACAUAUACGCCAACUGUCAACGGGUAAUCGUAUGGCUAGGUCCCAGCACACCAAACUCCACUCUUUGGUUCAAUUACGCUACCGAGAUCUGCAGCGAAGGCGUCCUGGGCGGCAUUCUCGGCCCUCGAGUGGCGUCUUGCAUGACCGUCUUUGACGCCGUAAUGGAUCCCUCAAUACCUCUCGAUGAGCAGGAGCAGCGAGACCGGGAUGCCAUCAUACGCAUCAUCCAGGAGCGCGGAAGACAAUUCCCCAUUAAUGGUUACGAGGACUUUUUUGAUCGCACCUGGUUUGGUCGCCUGUGGACCAUCCAGGAAGCUUGUCUCGCGCCCUCGCUCGUCAUGAAAUGUGGGAGCCAGGAACUCUGCUAUGAUUGCUUGCGAGCCGCCAUGCUCUUCUUCUCGCUUAACAAUAAUUACUGGUUAAGGCAUCUGGAUGGGCCGGUGCACAAGAGCUCCUACACGCAGCGGGACAUGCUGUACGAUAAGCAAAGCAAGUUUUCGCGCGUGAUUCAAGAGCGCAAAGCCAUCCACAAAACAGGUCAGAAACGCCUGCUGUAUGACCUCAUACUCAAAUACAACGUCAAUGACUUGAAGGAAAAGAUCGCCGCCACUCUAGGAGAAGAUCGAAUUUUUGGAUUGCUAGGGCUUGCCGAGGACAAGGAUGCUUUGCGCCAAAAUGUGCACGUGGAGUACAAUGAAAAGAAUCCAGCGGCUGGGGCGGCUUCGACGUAUGCAAAGAUUGCAACGCUGAUGCUGGGGCAAAAGACCGACACGCUGCUAUUCAACCAGUUUCCCAAGCGCAUCAUGGGCAUGCCAUCUUGGGUACCAGACUGGAGCAUGGAUCUGCACAUACCCGUCUGCUACAGCACCUUGACAGAGCCCAUCUUUGCAGCAGGUGGCGAGGGAAACAAGGUGAGCGUGGACAAUGAUUUCCGCCGUCUCACCGUUGGGGGAGUCUUGGUCGACAGGGUAUCACACGUGGGAACACGCACGUAUAGCCUCAACCCGGAAAGACGAAUCGAUGGACAAACCAACUACCGCGAUCUGAAGACUACUCUGGACCAGGUGGAGGCCUUUGUGCGAGAAGCAGCCACGACGACAAUCGGCAGACUAGCACCACCGCUUGCCCUGGACGAAGCAGCACAAAACCAGCAGCGCCUGCGAGUGUUUGACUCGGGACUGUCUCACCACGAUUUCAUCAAGGAACACGGCAGAUUCGCGGGCCUUGAAAAGCUACAGGCGACUCACGACUUCAUCUACAACUUGGGAAAGCGUCUGCUCGACUCUGACGCCUUUGCGGCGUCUUACUCCAUCUUUCGCAUCUAUCGCACCGUGGGCAUUAUUCCGUGGUACUUUACUCCUCCACCAGAAACCGAUACCUUGACGGUCCUGGCGUGCGACCCCGUGGCAGCGGCAAGAGUAGUCGUGGAGGCUGGCAAAGACAUUGCCGAGGACAUUGUCGGACUGUGUCUCGCAUCAGCCAGAGUGAGCUGGGCCACGUAUCGUAUCUGGUUUCGCAAUCGGUACGGCAAGAUGAUCGACUUGAGCCUCGAUGCUGCAAAGGCGGAAAAGCUAGGUCUUCCCGAUAAUAUCCGAGAGAGGAGAGAAGAGGUAACUGUGCUUUGCAACAACGCAUUGAAAAACAUGGGUAGGUACGUUUACCGCACCUGGGGAGGGUACGUGGGCAUGGGGCCGUCGCAGACGAAGCCGGGGGAUGCGGUUGUCGUUUUUCACGGCGGUACAGCUGCUCACGUUUUGCGGAGGGUGGAGGGAGCGCAGACCGAGGUGUGGGAAUACAUUGGCGAGGCGUAUUGCGACGGGGUGAUGCGUGGCGAGGCUUUGGACGCGGAAGCUGCGUGUGAUUUUGUGUUGGUCUGA